AUGGAAAUCAGCUCGGUUCAAAUAAAAAAAAAAAAAAAUGCUCCACUGAGUUUACAUUCUCAUUUUGAAAUGACUUCAUCAACAAUUAGUCAAUAUACGGCUACAGCGAGUGUUCAGCGUAAACAAACUUCAAGUAGUGAUAGUAGUACAACCUCUUCUAAACAUAGAAUUCGUUCAAAAUCUGAAAUAUCCUACUGUCGUAAACGAUCAAUUGUAGCUGAAAAAAAUGUUCUCGCCAAAUCUGGCCAACAAAUUAGUGUUCUCGAACGUUUACCAACAUUGUAUCGUGAUGCACUAUUACCAUUGAAUGUUAACGAAGCAAAAGAUCAAUUUAUUAAGCAAAAUAUUUUACCAACAUUUGAAUUUAAAGUUACAGAAAAACGUUUGAAAACAUUAUUAAAUCGUAAUUCAAUUGUUAAAUAUGAUUUGUACGAAGAAGCAAAAUAUGUUUUGGAACAGGUAAGACAACGUUAUGAUACAGCAGAAAAAUAUUAUCAAGCAGCUUAUGGACCACAGAUAUCGACUGAUACAGCAAAAACUUUAUUAGAACAAUAUCUCAUGGAACGAAAAUUAUAUACGAAUGUAACAGUCACAUUUGCACCGGGAAUGGUUUGCAGCGGCCGUAUGAUUGCUUAUACAAAAAAAAAUUCCAAUUCAAACUUUGCUGGCAAAGAUCGAAAAUUUGUGAUGUGGGUGAAUAAUGUAAAAGAAAAUAUCUUUCUUCGUCGAACGGGUAUUAUUUGUUUAGCAAAUCAUGAAAUUGAAACACAUUAUUUACGAUCGUUUAAUGAAGGUUUACAACCUUGGUUUAAAGAUCGUGCUCAAUUUGGAUUAAAGGAUCCAAAUUGUAGACAAAUUUUAACAACAGAAGAAGGUCUAGCAUCAUUACACACAUUGAUCGAGGCACACCAACAAUAUUUAUUUUCAUCGGCUCUUAGCUAUUAUAUAAUAUGUUUGGCAAAUAAAUUAUCAUUCGGUGAAUUGUUCAUUCAUCUUGAACGUUACGUCAAAGAUCCAAAUCAACGAUGGAAACAUUUAGUAAGAAUUAAACAGGGUUUUAAAGAUCCAAAUCAAAUUGGUGCUGUAGGAAUUUUGCGAAAUUUGGCUACUAUCGAUUUUCGAGUAUUAAUGAGUGGAAAAGUAUCUUUGCAAGAUCUGAAACGUAUUCAACGUAUUGCUCACUUGAAUGUGAUUCGUCUACCAUCAUUUAUGAAAGAUUUAGAUCAGUAUAAAAAACGUUUACAAAAAAUAGCUCAAUUAAAUGGUUUACUUAAUCAAUCGUUACAAAAGAAUAUAACUGAUAUUAAAAAAUUGAUUGAUGUUGAUAUUUCAAAUGAGAGAACAAGACAAUCAGCAACUUGUACAAUGCUUUGA